AAUUGGAUGUCCUCUGUCAUUCUGAUUCUUUUGUAAUUAAUAAAUGUUGUGGAUGCAUGAUCAGCAUUUUAAAAAUAAUAAGGAGAUGUGAUUAAUAACCAAAAAAAUCUGGAGAUCAGUGUCUAGAGAGAAAUGGACUGAUUUGCUUGUAAGACACAGAGCUUCUAUCCAAAUCUCCUGAGACUCAGUCUCAAACCUUUUCUAUUACUGCCCUAGGUACAUUGUCGCCUGACUUUCUCAUUUGUUGAUUCAGUUUGGCUUUAUACACAACUUAGCUUCCACUCCCCAAAUGGAUCAUGGGGAUAGAGGGUGUAAAAGCAACAAGGAAAGCAGGAUCUACCACCUCCUAGCUGUUUUCUCCAGUCUUCCUCCUCCCCUUCUUUCCCCUCCCUGUUCCUCCCCUUCUACAUUUUCUCCCUCCUCCUCCUUCUCUAAUCCCUAAGUACUAAGGGUUCUGUGGUUGUCAACUGGGCACCCCAGAAUCAAGUGAAAAAUCAGGAAAACCAAUCAGACUUCACUGUCAAUGUGAUGCCAAAGACCUCCUUUGGCCUUCUUUUUUAAAAAAAAAAUGUAUUUUAUUUAUUUUGCUAAAUUGAUUCCAUCAGUUGGAUUUGGGGGCUUCAUAUAGAUUAGACCUAGCCUUGACUAAAUAAUGGUCCCAUUACCAUCAGCAGACCAGAGUUUUAGCAAACACAGGUACAACUAUUUAAAGGUACCAGAAGUAUUAAUUUAUCUGUUAGCUUGCUUUGACAUUGACCUUUAUUUACCAAACUUGUCAGUUGUCUGUUGGAAGAAGGGCCCUGAGCUGUGCCCAGCCAUGUCCUUAGGAUUCUCAAUUUUUCCAAAGCUUAAUCUUCAUCCCUUUUUUUCAUUGGGAUCCUUCCUCUGUCUUCCACUCGGACUCUUUGCCGUUCAAAAUCACUCUCCCAGUAGCUGAGGCUCGUUAGGGAAAGCUGAGUGUCGGAAGCGUUUCCCUCCAGUGCCCAAGGCUUUAAGUAGCGGCUGCGUAAACGCAGAAGAUAAAUGAAUAGAAUCAAGCCCACUGCUAGGCUUUCUGUUGGAGAAUUCCUCCAGCAGCUGCCAACCGAGUUGCCUUUCCAGGCAGCUGAGUCACAAACAAGAUUUGCCGGAGGUGAGUUCCUCAUAUCCUUGUUAAGGCUCUGGAGGCACGCCUUCUUUUCAUACAAACCUUUCAGAUAGAAGCAGCUUCAGUCCGACUUCAAGGGGGUGGGUGGUGCCUCUGUAAAACUGCAACUCCCAGUCUUGCCGGACAAGGUCUGGGAGAGAAAGCCAGACUGUAUCUCGAGAUUCAAAAAACAGCUACCCAUUCCCCCCAGCCCCCAUGACUGUCGCCUGCUAAAAACCCAACUGUUUUUACUGCUGUGGUCAAACCCGGGAAAACUGCACAGCUGUAAUACUCCUCAGUGAAGGGGAAAGGGAGCCGGUUGUGAAACCCGACACCCAUCCCUCUGCAAGCAAAGGAAACUUCGCACGCUGUUAAAGAAGGAAGAAGAAAGAAGGAAGAGGAAAAAGAAAGAAAAAAAUAGAAAGAUGAAGAAAAGGAGAAGAAAAGAGGAAAAAGAAGAAAAUAAUCAGCCUGCUCAUUUUCUUAGUUUCUCUAAGGUCCACCAAGAUCAGCAUUAUGACUGAUGGUGACUAUGAUUAUCUAAUCAAACUCCUGGCCCUUGGAGAUUCAGGGGUGGGGAAGACUACAUUCCUAUAUAGAUAUACCGACAAUAAAUUCAAUCCCAAAUUCAUCACUACAGUAGGAAUAGACUUUCGGGAAAAACGUGUGGUAUAUAAUGGUCGAGGACCAAAUGGAUCUCCAGGAAAAGCUUUUAAGGUACACCUUCAGCUUUGGGAUACAGCUGGACAAGAAAGAUUCCGAAGUCUCACCACAGCAUUUUUCAGAGAUGCUAUGGGCUUCUUAUUAAUGUUUGACCUCACCAGUCAGCAAAGCUUCUUAAAUGUCAGAAACUGGAUGAGCCAAUUGCAAGCUAAUGCAUAUUGUGAAAAUCCAGAUAUAGUAUUAAUUGGCAACAAGGCAGAUCUUUCAGACCAGAGGGAAGUCAACGAACGGCAAGCCCGAGAUCUUGCAGACAAAUAUGGCAUACCCUAUUUUGAAACCAGUGCAGCAACAGGGCAGAAUGUGGAGAAACCUGUGGACACACUUCUGGACUUAAUAAUGAAGCGCAUGGAGCAGUGUGUGGAGAAGUCACAAGUCCCUGAUGCGGCCAAUGGAGGAAAUUCGGAGAAGCUUGAAGGAAAGAAACCAGCCGAAAAAAAAUGUGCUUGCUAGACUUCACCUUUUCAAACUGAGAAUCAAGAACCUCACCCAAAUAGUUUAUCAGAAAAUGGUUGACAAGCCACAUGAUUGAUGAGUGGGCCUUGCACAGAUACAUUUUCUUUUCUUUUCUUCCAGAGAAUGAAUUUUUAAACAUCAUCAUGAUCAUCAAUGUUCAGUGGGACUGAAUUAUGAGCUAUAAGGCCCAACAGUUCUGAGUCUGAAUUUUCCCAACAUAAUCUUUUCAUCAGGGACAUUCAGUCAAUUUUUUGAUUAUUUUGUUGUGUUUUUUUUUUUUUUAAUUUUAAAAGAAGCAUUGAAAUCCUCCAAAAAGAAAAUGAAAAUGUUAUGGAGCCUAAAAUCAGAAAGAAAGGAGAUCACUUUUUUUCUAUGAAAGAGGAAUAGUAAAUUAAUUGCUGAAGAAGAACAUGAAAAAGGGCAUUUCUAAGAUUGUUUUCACUUAUAUUGAUAUUAAUGAUUCAUACUUUUGUGUUUGCAUUGGUAAUAAUGUAUUAGCUGAAGAAAAUCUGCAAGUGAAGAAUUCUCUGGGGUUCAUUAAAACUGACCUUAUUAUAGGCACACAGUAUGUAGCUUGCCCUACUAAAUUACUGAUAAGGUGACUGGAAAGAUGAAUAUCUAACUUUUGAUUAAAUCCAGGGAAUUAUGUGAUAAUGUCAAUUCUGUGUUCCUAGUAAAUGGCAGGUAGAAGACAACUGAACUAGAGAGUAUGACAUAUAGGCAAAAUAAGCAACCCUCAAAAGGGCAAAAAAAGUUUGACACUAGCAGGUACUGAAAGGAGAAGCAUAAAUUGUAGCUUGCUAAGAGAGCAUUAUAACCAGACUUCAUGCAUGUUCAAGUUGAAAUUGAUGUUACUUUUGGGGGUGACAGUGAGAAUUCUAGAGCUUCCAUUUCCAGUGAAAGAUCUAGAGGCAAUAUAGUGUUCAUUUAGCAGCACAUUUUAUUUUUUCCACUAAAUGUUAUUCAGACAAAUGAAGUUUCUUGUUCUUAGAAUACUGUAAUUAAAACUCAUCCUAACUGUUCUUUGUAGAAUGAAACAGUGAAAUAUGUUGAUUUGUUUUCUUCAAAAGUAAAAACUGAUCACUGUUUGUAGAGAAUUUAAAAAGUCACAAACAUCCUGAAAGAUACUUUUUUCUGCCACUUGAUCCUUUUUGUCAAAAAUGCCAUUCUAACUCAUUCAAUGCAGAACUCCUGAAAAACAAAAAGUUUGCUUGGUUCCCUUUGAAUAUGCAAAUCUUCAGUAAGGCUAUGAAGACUAUAUCAUGACUUGGUUCAAUAUUUACUUUUAAUCCAUGCUUUUAUUUUUACCUUUUUCAAGGAAAAUGCAAAGACAUAUUUGAGGAAGGGAGAAUAAAACUUACUAAAGUUGAAUUCAUCCCACCAUUGUUUCACAGGGACUGGUUUAUCUUUAUGGCUAAGCUAUUAUAAGAUUUCAUCCACAGUAAUGCUAUUAUAAGGUCAUGAUAAAUAAACACAUUAAAACUUU